AUGUUCCUUAUUUAUGUGAACGAAAUACCUGGCAUCAUCACGUCUACUGCCAAAUUAUUUGCUGACGAUACCAAAAUGUACCGACAGAUAAAUAAUAUCGACGAUUCUAUUGCUUUACAGAUAGAUCUGACAACCCUCGACCUAUGGGCGGAUCGUUGGCAGAUGAAAUUUAAUUCUACCAAAUGUGAAGUCAUGAGAAUUACACAUAAGAGAGACAAAAAGUCCACGCGGUACAAUAUACCGAGUACAGCGUUGAGCAAUGUAUCUAAUUACAAAGAUCUUGGAGUUAUUAUGUCUAGUGAUCUAAAAUGGUCACAACAUGUUGAACAAAUAGUUCACAAAGCAAAUAAGGUUCUUGGCUUACUUACGCGCACAGUAGGCGGUAAAAACAAAGAUAUUUUUUCAAACUUGUACAAAACCUUGGUUCGUCCAAUCUCGGAAUACGCCUGCGCGGUGUGGUCACCACACCUCAUGAAAGACAUCGAUGAAAUUGAGAAGAUACAAAGAAGAGCCUCGCGAAUUGCCUUAGGCCAAAGAAGACAAGAGAUGGCGUACACGGAGAGGUGUAAAAUUCUUAAAUGGAACUCUUUAGUACAAAGGAGAAAUUUCCUUUCCUUAGUGGAAUGUUAUAAAACUGUAUUCAAUCUAAAUGGAUUGAAUUUCAGCGAAUAUUUUGAACUUUGUAAAAACACUAAAUCGAGAUCUAACCACCCAUAUAAACUACAACUCAAACUCGCAAGACUGAACUGUUACAAAAAUUCUUUCUUUGUCAGAAUUAUCAAACCCUGGAAUAACUUCCUAUUAAUUUAUUUAAUUUUUGUGACAGCCCUAACGUUCGUGAGUUUAAAUCAAAAUUGA